AUGGGAAUUGUUCGGGAGACAGUAGAUUAUCGGGAAAAAAAUAAUAUUCGGCGAAAUGAUUUUAUGGAUCUUUUGAUUCAGCUGAAGAAUCAUGCGAAAAUCGAUGGAGAUGAUCAUGAGAGUAUUGAAUCGCAAAUAAUUGAGAAACGAACUUUUAAAGAAUUGGCCGUUCAAGCCUUCAUAUUUUUCCUUGGUGGAUUUGAAACUUCAUCGUCAACCUUGACAUUAGCCCUCUAUGAACUAGCUAAGAACCAGGACGUACAGGAGAAGUGCAGAGUGGAGAUUAAUCACGUGUUGGAGAAAUAUAAGGGAGAAUUAAAAACCCUCCGUAAAUAUCCAAUUCUACCAGUGGUUCUCCGUAAAUGUGUUAAAGACUAUCAUGUACAUGGCACCAAUGUUACGAUUGAAAAAGGAACAGCAGUUCAGAUUCCAAGUUUUUCAAUUCAACAUGAUCCCGAAAUAUAUCCUGAUCCCGAAAAAUUCGACCCCGAUCGGUUUUCACCCGAAAAUGUUAAAUUACGACAUUCUGUUUCAUUCUUAAGUUUCGGUGAUGGACCAAGAAAUUGCACAGGACUGCGUUUUGGAAAAAUGCAAUCCCGGAUUGCACUGAUAAUGCUGCUUAAGAACUAUCGAUUCCAUCUAUCCUCAAAAUCACCUAAUCCACUAGUUUUCUCUAAGAAAAAUUUCAUACUUGCACCAGUAUGCGGGAUGCACUUAAAUAUUGAGAAAUUGUAAAAUAUUACCGGACUUACCAUUGUGAAAAACAAAAAUUUCAAGUAACAGUGUUCUGAUAAAAUAUUUUUGUUGAUAAAUUUUUGACACAUAAUUAAAAUAUUACUC